AUUAAAAAUAUAUUAUAUGUUUAAAUAAAAGAACAAAAAAAAAUUAAAAAAAUGCUUCUACCAUGUAUUAAAAUAAUCAAAUCAAUAGUCAAAAUUUUGAAAAUAAAAACAAAACAGAAACACCAAAGAAAGUUUUUUCUAUUCUUCCAUAUUUCGUGUUCAUCAAAGUCAUGUUGCUUCUGAACACGAAACUCUUUUUGUUUAUAGAUAAGAAAAAAGUUGUGAAGAAUUUCCACUAAUUGUUGUCCAUCAAAUUUAUAGUCUUUACUUCGGUUUAGUCAAUGCUAAAAUAAAGCAAAAAAAUCAAAAAUGAAGACUAAGAAAAUAAUAAGUCUCGAUGAAUUGUUACUUAAUUAUAGUUCAAGUUUUUUACACAUUAGGGCUUAUUUAUUGCUGUAAAUAAAUAUGGUAAUAGUUAUUAACAAAAAAUUAAAUUAUAUAACAAAUAGAUUUUCAUUCGUUGAUAUAAAAUAUAUACAUAUUUACAUGUUUCUACUUUUGAUCGGUUUUGUUUGGUUUAUUCGGUUUAAUUAGUUAUAAACCAAAACAUAUCCAAAUCCUACGGUUUUUAUAAAAUCACAUCCAUUCAGUUUGUAUGGUAUAUACCAAAACUAAAUCAUAUCGUCUAUUUCCGUUCGGUACGGUUUUACCAUAUUGAACAGCCCUAGCUGCAACAAAAAUGUUAUGUUUCUCAUUCUAAAACUCUCUAACCUAUCUCUAAUCUCUUUGAACUUAUAAACACCAAAAUUUAUAUUAAUUUAUUGUUAUUGCCUCAUAUCUUUCUCACUAGUUUAUUUUGUUUUGCAAGAUUUUCAUCACAUGGUUCUUAUCUUCCUCUCAUUUAAAGGUAGAUAUAUUAAUUUUAGAUAUGUAUUUUUGUAUGUUCUAUAAAGAUAGAUAUAUCUAAUCUUUCCAUUUAUUUUAUCUGUUUUUAAGCUAUUUAAAUUUUUUAUAUGCAUGUUUUUCAGAUCUAGGUUUGAUAUACAUGUUUUUCAGAUCUGGAGCAAACUUUAGAAGACUUUUGGGAAGUCUUCUAAAAUAUAAUGCCCUAGAACACUUCCAGGAAGAUAGACGAUAGUAGGUUUAUGUCAAAUUUAGAAGAUAAUAAGUUUGAAGAAAUUCUAUUAUAUUAAAGAUUUGAUCAAGUAGAUUAUUUAGAAUUUUAUCAUAAUCAUUACUUCUACUUAUUUAACAAAAUUCAAAUAAUAGUAUAAAUUUAAAUUGAUAACUCAUUAAUCAAAAUUAUAAGAACAUGACAAAUAAACAAACUACUUAAAAUCAUAGAGAAUUUUGAAUAUGACAAAUGAGCAAAUUCAUUUUUCAAAUAAUAGUAUAUAUAAGUUUUAUAGUAGUUCAUUACCAAAAAAAAAAAGCAAAUAUCCCACAAAAUCGGAUAUUUCUCAACAAUUUCCAAGUCGUGAUGUUUUCACAAAUUUUGCUCAAAAAUGAAAAAUGUUUUUAAAAAAGAGAGUAAAAUACGUAGUCAAAUACAUUAAUUAUCCCUCAAGAAAUGGACAAGACUAACAGACCUCGAUGUCUCACUCUUUUUAAACUCCAAAGCCUCAAGCAUUCACAAGCCAUAAGAGCACAGAUAACCCUAAAAAAAAUAUAAAUCCCAGUAACUUUGAUUUCCAAGAACAUAUCAAUCCAAAAACAACAAAUGAGUCCAUCUAAGAAGAUCAUCACUCUUGUUACUAUUCUUGUUUCUUUUUUUCUGUUUUCAUGUGGGGUUUCAAGCACUGAACUUGAAGUUGGAGGAGAAGAUGGUUGGGUCGUACCUAAUUCUAACAAGACUCACGGAGAUAUGUUUAACCAAUGGGCUUCACACAACCGGUUUAAAGUUGGCGACACUAUCCGUUUCAAAUACAAGAAAGACUCAGUAUUGGUGGUGUCAGAAGACGAGUACAAGGAAUGCAAGGCAUCUAAACCGCAACUCUAUUCCAACAACCAAGACACGGUUUUCAAACUAGACCGUCCUGGUUUGUUUUACUUCAUCAGUGGUGUCUCGGGUCACUGUGAAAAGGGUCAGAAGAUGAUCAUUAAAGUCAUGGAGACCGAGUCUUCGCCAGAUUCUCCUCCUCCUUCCUCUUCUUUUUCAUCUCUUCCGGCUUCAACUCACAAGAAGAGCAGUGCAUUGAAAACUGCUGUCCAGUUCACUAGUUCCGGCUUUGUGGUUCUUAUUGUUUCGGUUUUGGUUUGGCAUUAGGUCAGAUUUUUGUUCCGGUUUAGCUUUCCAAAUAACUACACUGACCGAACCGGUCUAGGUUUCAUUCAACAUGUACUUUUCUUGUAGGUCUCAUAUUACCCAAUUAUGUGAUUCUUUA